UGUCCCGUGUUGACGUCUCGCCGUUUCCGGAGCGGUUCAUCAUGGCGCUGCGCGGCGCGGCGUGUGUUCUGCUGCGGACGGCGGUGGACGCCGGGCUGAAGAGUCACGCGAGGGGUCUCCGGUCCACCGCUGUUCUUGGUUACUGGUCUCCUCCUCAGGGUCCGAUGCCUAAUGAAGACAUCGACUGCACUCAACUGGACUCUCUGGAGAAAUAUCGCAGUUAUACUCGCUACGUGACAGCGGCAGAGGAGGCCGAUCGGAAAGAUGUUUGGUGGAAAACCUAUAGGAAAUACAGAGAGGAGGAGAAGAAAGAAGCUGUCAAGCCGGUCAACAUCGGCCUCCCGUAUCAGCGUCCCUCCAGGAAGACGCAGGUGAAGGAAAGGAAGAAGGUGGUGCUGGAGAACAAGAAGAACCCAGAGUUGGAAAGAGAGAAUCGACUACGAACGUUCCGCAUCCCCCUCGACAGAGUAAAGACGCAGUGGGAGCAGACGAACGGACCGUACCACAUCCAGAGGCUCGCCGAACACUACGGGAUAUACCAGGACCUCUUUCCCAUGGCGUACUUUGUGCCGCGGGUCAUGCUGCGUGUGGCGUACGGAGAGGACGGCGGCGCCGCAGUGCAUUAUGGGAACCACCUAACACCGAGUCAGGCGGCACAAGCACCUCGGGUACAUUUUGAAGCGGAAGAAAAAUCUCUCUGGACGCUGCUGCUGACCAGCCCAGACGAGCAUCUGCUGGAUGGUGAGCAGGAGUAUCUUCACUGGCUAGUCGGGAAUAUCCCUGGAAAUUCCGUGUCGUCUGGGAAAGAGCUCUGCCACUACAUCAGUCCAUUCCCACCUAAAGGAACAGGCUUUCAUCGAUAUAUCUACAUCCUGUUUAAACAGGAACAUCUGGUUGAUUUCAGCUCAGACCUCCGGUCCUCCCCAUGCUAUUCUUUGACGCAAAGGACUUUCAGGACAGUAGACUUCUACAGGAAGCACCAGGAUGUAAUUACUCCAGCCGGUCUUGCGUUUUUCCAGUGUCAGUGGGAUCAGUCUGUCUCUGACACUUUUCACACGCUAUUAGAUAUGAGAGAGCCGGUGUUCGAGUACGACAGACCUCCGGUGUAUCACCCGCCGCAGAAGAAGUACCCUCACGGACAGCCCCUCAGAUAUCUGGACCGCUACAGAGGCGGAGCGGAGAAAACCUAUGGCAUUUAUUAAAUAUAUGCGUGUGUUAUGUUCACUGUAACAGCUGAAACAGCAGGGCUGUUGUUUGUAAUAAACUAAAUGUAAUCAGC